AUGAGCAGUCCAAGCCGUCGUCCCUAUGGAAGGCAUCCCUCUAGCGAGGACGAAGCGGAGCUGGGUAGUAGCAAGAGAGUGCUGGCAGAGCAUGCUCGUCGAAGCCGUUCGAGAUCGCGGCAGCGAGCGUCGACUGCUGUCGGCAGCAGCAGCCCUACUAUAGACAAUAAUGCCAAUACUCUCUCGCAAAGUUCCAGUCAUCUUGCCUUGUCGGAAGCACGACGCAGAGGUCGUAGUGUUUCGCGGCAACGGUUGGACAGUUCCAGUCACUCCAAGAAUGCAGCUCCACCCAUAAGAGGACGCAGUUCUUCGAGGAGUGGUGGUGGCGGUCGUAUCAGUUCUGCCGGUCUUUCCUCGUUAAAGGAUCAACUGGCUUCCUUUGAAACUCCAAAGAGAACGUCGAGUGGGCUCAAGUACCCUUCCUCGCUAUACUUUGAAGCGGCUCGAGGCCUGUCCAGUGGAGAUGACUCUUUGCAAUCUUCCGAAAGCAGCAGUCACCAUGGUGGUGGUGGUCUGGCAUCCUUUCUCACUCCUCCUGUAUCCACCAACCAGAACAGAACCCAAUUGAAUAGUCUCCAUGCCGCUGCCACCAGCAAGCAUCAUCAUCAUCAGGGUACCAGCAGUGAUGACAGCGACAAUCAAAGUUUGGCAGAUUUCUGGCAAGAUGAAGAACAUCAAGAAGGAGGAGAAGCACAGGAAAAGCCUUCCUCUAAAGCGACAACGAAUUUUGCCCGUCAAACCAGUCUUGACAGUUCUCAGUCUUCCUUCAUGGGGGGAACCUCAUGGAAUCCAACUUCCUUUUAUCAGAACCAACUCCAUCAACAUAUGGACGAAGUCGAAGAUACCUAUUGA